CGCAGGCUCAGCCCCGGUUCUGCGCCUGGCUCCGGGCUCCGGGCUCCGGCUUCAGCACCAGGGACAGAGCCCGCCGGAGCCGCGCCCGCCAUGGCCAGCGAGGCCCAUGACCUGCAGGAGCUGCGGCGAAGUGUCUCGCUGGCCACCAAGGUCUUUGUGCAGCGGGACUACAGCGACGGGACCCUCUGCCAGUUCCAGACCAAGUUCCCCCUGGAGCUGGACAGCCGGCUCGAGCGGCAGCUCUUUGAGGAGACAGUGAAGACCCUCAAUGGCUUCUACGCCGAGGCCGAGAAGAUCGGGGGCAGCUCCUACCUGGAGGGGUGCCUGGCGUGUGCCACGGCCUACUUCAUCUUCCUCUGCAUGGAGACCCACUACGAGAAGGUGCUGAAGAAGAUCUCCAAGUACAUCCAGGAGCAGAACGAGCAGGUGUAUGCGCCCCGGGGCCUGCUGCUCACCGACCCCGUGGAGCGGGGCAUGCGGGUCAUCGAGAUCUCCAUCUACGAGGACAGAUGCAGCAGCGGCAGCACCAGCAGUGGCAGCACCAGCAGCGGGGGUGGGGGGGGCCGGUGACUGGCCGGGGGUCCCUGCAGGGACCAGCACUGCCGGGACGAAGGCCUCGCCGAGCUCCGCCGGCUGCGGUACCAGAGCACCCGCUUCUGAGCGCCCCCGGGAGGGAGGGAGGGGCUGCGGGGCCGGCGGCCGCUGGGGGGACCCCAGCGUAGACCUGCUGCCGGAGCGGGGCGAGCGCAGGGGCGAAGGCGCCUCGGGCCGGGCCCCAUGGGGCCCCUAGGCAGCCAGCCAGCCCAGAGCCAAUGGCCCUGGGCAGUGCCACCUGCGGCAUCACCCUCCCCUAAAGCCAAGCGCUGAAGGAGCUGCAGAGGGGGCAGUGGGGGGAUCCUGACCCGGGGGCCGCGGGCCGCUGCUCCUGCUGCAGGGAGCAUAGUCCUGGCACACGCGCAUGCACGGCUCUGCGGUGGCUGGCAAAGCCCCAGGCACUGCCCUGCACGGGGUGCUGUGCCUCCCACCCCAGCCAUGUCCUCCCCUCUCCGCGAUCCCCUCCCAGCGAGCGACUCCCACUCCCCAGUCCCAGCGGCUUCGGGCCAGAGACUGGGCUUGGUGGAGCCUCGGCUGGGUCACAGGCACCAUUGCCCUGUCCGGGCACCUGCCCCGGCAGGACUGAGCCCCCAGGGGACACUGGUGGACGUGUGGGGGAGAGGGAGGGGCUGUGGGGUGACGGCACAUCCCAGGGGGUCACCAUCCCUCGCCAAACUCAUCCUCAGCCAAAGGGAUUGGAGCCCCCGCGCCCGGGGGUGCGGCCAGCCCCACGCCUGCUGCAGCCCCUAUGUCCCAGCCCCGCCUCUCUGCCUGCUCCCCUCUGCAGGGGGGUGUUUGCACCCUGGGUGCUGCAUGGCCUGGCCCCGCCCUGCCUGCUUCCCGUGUCCCUUCCCUGCAUGAACCCCAGCCCAGGGCUCGUGUGGGGCGCGUGGCCCCAUUGCUGGGGCCGUGGCCUGGGGGGUUGUGCCCCCAGCAAAGGUUAAAGUGCUGACCCUACCGAUGGGGGAGGAGCGACCCAUCAGCCCCAUCAGGGGGGCGCCCCCCACAGGCAGUUUUCCUGGAAGGUGCCCCCCCGUGUCCUGCCUGGGCUGCGGGGUGCCCGCGGCUCUCGGGCCGUGCAAGCUGGGAGCACACCCAGGGCCCAGCCCU